UGACAACGGACCCUCCACGCUCGGAACAAGCUAAAUCGCCGACGGACAGCACUUGCCUCCUCGCCAAAGUCCUCUCUAUCAAAGUGGGGCAGUGGAACUAGUACAAGCCCCAGGACGGACUACGGACCAUGUCCGACUUCGAGCCCAUUCGGUUCGUGCCGGCGCAAUAUGAAGCCCAAAUCUUGAAAACCCCCGUCUCGCGCAUCUUCGCCGUGCCGCACUCCCAGAUGGAGGGCACAAAUCAUUGGUGUUUCUACCUUUUGACCCCCGCGGGCAACUCGGUGGCGGUGGACUGUCAGCCGAGUCACAGUAUCCCCAGCACCGUCCUCGACGGGGGCUCCAGGGCGUUUGUGAUCGUCGCCGAACUAGCGUCGGCUCUGCCACCCGACGCUCUGAUGGGGUUCCCACUGGACGUGAUUCCUGGCCUAACGGUGGCGGGUGUCUUACAUAAAGUGACCGAGCAUGGCCGCCAUCAAUACGAGUUCGAUUCGAGGGGGGUGGGAUGCCGAUACUGGGUCACCAACCAGAUAGAUCUUUUUUCUCAGGUCGGCUUGUUUGUCGACUUGAAGCAGUGCGCUGCUACCAAGGCGGCGAUUGCCACACUUUGGCCGGAUAGAACGCCGCUGCCUUUGGAUCGGGGCGCCUAUUAUCAGCAGAUCGAGACGGCGGAUGUUACUUAGGAGGCUUCGGGCGCUACAGACCGAAAUAUCCUUAUUGCUCUUAACUUAGACAUUUAGAAAUUUGGCUCGCCUGUGCCUUUUGAUCAACUUCGCACAGAGCCUGCAACCUUCCAUAUAUAAAUAUACCUCUUCAUAAAG